AUGUUACAAGGUUUACCAUUUAGUGAAGAUUUUUCAAUCUUUGCCUUACCAGGCAUGUUAACAAGUUGGAGAGCACCAACCUAUGAAUCUGUUUUGAUUUUUUCAUCAUUUUUAAUUUUCUUAGGUGUUGGUUCACAUAUUGUACCAGGUAAAUAUGUUAAAGGUCAACCAUUAAUUUAUGAUCAAACUAAAAGACUCACAUAUAAAAUCAAUGGUUUAAAUUUAUUCUUUUGUUUAAUUGGUUUCUUUUUCUUUGGUUCAUACUAUAUGAAAUGGUUUGAACCAACUCUUGUAUAUGAUCAUUUUGGUCCAAUCUUUACAACUGUUAAUAUUUUUGCAACUCUCUUAACAAUUACAUUAUUCAUUACUGGUAUUACAUCUGGUAGAGGUAAAAGAGAAGGUAAUUUAAUUCAUGAUUUAUUUUUAGGUGUUGAAUUAAAUCCAAGAUUUGCAGGAUUAGAUUUGAAAUUCUUUGCAUUAAGACCAGCAUUAAUGGGUUGGAUUAUGGUUAAUUUUUCAUUAGCUGCACAAGAAUAUAAAGUUUAUGGAUCAUUAUCAACUGGUAUGAUUUUAUAUCAAAUUUUCACUUUUAUUUAUGCAUUUGAUUAUUUCUAUUUUGAAGAAUGUAUGCUUUCAACUUGGGAUAUUAUUGCUGAAAAUUGGGGUUUUAUGCUUAUUUGGGGUGAUCUUGUUUGGAUUUGUUUCAUGUUUGCAGUUCAACCAUGGUUUUUACUUUACAAUAGAAUUCAUUUAACUCCAAUUCAAAUGAUUAUUAUUUCAACUAUUUUCGCAAUUGGUUUUGCUGUUUUUAGAAUUUCAAAUUCACAAAAACAUCAAUUCAAAACUAAUCCAAAAUCAUUAAUUUGGGGUAAAAAACCAGAAACAAUUGCUGGAAAAUUAUUGGUAUCAGGUUUUUGGGGUAUUUUAAGAAAACCAAAUUACCUUGGUGAUUGGAUUGUUGCAUUCUCAUUCUCAUUCCCAUGUUUAUUCAAUACUCCAAUUGUUUAUUUAUAUCCAAUUUAUUUGGUUGUACUCAAUUCUCAUCGUCAAUGGAGAGAUCAUCAAAAAUGUUCAAAGAAAUAUGGUGAGUUAUGGAAAGAAUAUUGUCGUAGAGUUCCAUAUGUCGUUUUACCAGGUUUAAUUUAA